AUGGUUUCCUGCCGUGCCUGGAACCUCAGGGUGCUGGUGGCUGUCGUGUGUGGGCUACUGACUGGCAUCGUUUUGGGACUGGGCAUCUGGAGGAUUGUGGUCAGGAUCCGUAGAGGAACAUCUGCUCCCUCAUCAGGCAUCCCUACAGAGUUCUGCAGGAACGGUGGAACUUGGGAAAAUGGCAGAUGUGUUUGCACAGAAGAGUGGAAAGGACUGAGAUGUACAAUGGCUAAUUUUUGUGAAAAUAGUACCUAUAUGAAUUUUACUUUCGCCAGAAUCCCAGUGGGCAGAUAUGGACCGUCCUUGGAAACAUGUGACAAAAGUACUCCAAACGCGGGCAAUCCAAGGGCAGUCCGGCUGUGCAGUCUCUCUCAAUAUGGAAACAUAGAAUUACAAAAUGUGACAAUAGGAAAUUGCAGUGAAACUCUGCAAACCCUGGAGAUGAAGGUAGGGGAAGCGGGAGCAUCACUUAAUAACAUUUCUUCUGAAGUCCAGAUAUUAACAUCGAAUGCCAGUACGUUAACUUCCGAGAACAUCAGUAGUGCUACACAAGUGAUUGGACAGAUCUUCAACACAUCCAGAAAUGCUUCACCAGAGGCAAAGAAAGUUGCUGUAGUAACGGUGAGUCAACUCCUAGACGCCAGUGAAGAGGCUUUUCAAAGUGCGGUUGCUGCUGAUAAUGAUGAUCCCCUUACAACGCUUAUUGAGCAAAUGGAGAAUUAUUCCUUGUCUUUGGGCAAUCAAUCAGUGGUGGAACCUAACAUCGCGAUACGAUCAGCAAAUUUCUCUACAGAAAAUACGCCUUCACGUGUUCUUUUUUCUGUGAAGAAAGGAGCUAGUGGUUCCCUGGUUUCCGGUUCAACACAUUUAGAGACAGACGUGAAUACCCUGAACCCAGAUGAAAACACUGAACUGCAGAUUUUGCUUAACAUGAAAGAAGGGCGAAACUCCACGGCAUGUGGCUUUGUCGUUUAUCAAAAUGACAAGCUUUUCCAAUCCAAAAGUUUUAUAGCUAAAUCAAGUUUUAGUCAAAAAAUCAUCUCAAGCAAAACUGACGGAAAUGAGGAAGGUCAGAGUGCGUCUGUUGAAAUGGCCUUUAGUCCAAAGUACAACCGAGAUGAAUUUCAACUCAAUUCCUAUGCCUGUGUCUAUUGGAAUUUUGCAACAAAGGACUGGGACACACAUGGCUGUCACAAACAAAAGGGCGCCGACAGAUUUCUGCACUGCCACUGCAACCAUACUACUAAUUUUGCUGUAUUGAUGACUUUCAAAAAGGAUUAUCAGUAUCCCAAAUCACUUGACGUAUUAUCCAACGUUGGAUGUGCACUCUCUAUUACUGGUCUGGCUCUCACAAUUAUAUUUCAGGUUGUUACCAGGAAAGUCAGAAAAACCUCAGUAACCUGGGUGUUGGUCAGUCUGUGCGUAUCCAUGUUGAUCUUCAACCUCCUUUUUGUGUUUGGGAUUGAAAACUCCAACAAGAACUUGAAGACCAGUGACGACGCCGAAAAUACGGACGUUACCGAUAACGUCAUACCCAAGACCGACACCGUGAGCACCCCGAACCCCACGUGCACGGCGGCUGCCGCCUUGCUGCACUAUUUCCUGCUGGGGACGUUUACCUGGAACGCGCUCAGCGCGGCUCAGCUCUAUUUCCUCCUCAUACGGACCAUGAAGCCGCUUCCUCGGCAUUUCAUUCUCGUCAUCUCAUUAAUUGGAUGGGGAGUCCCGGCUAUAGUAGUGGCUAUAACAGUGGGAGUUGUUUAUUCUCAGAAUGGAAAGAAUCCAGAAUGGGAAUUAGAAUACCGGCAAGAGGAAAUCUGCUGGCUGGCAAUUCCAGAAAGCAAAGAUGUUAUAAAAAGUCCAUUGUUAUGGUCAUUCAUCGUACCAGUAGCCAUUAUCCUCAUCAGUAAUAUUGUUAUAUUUAUUAUAAUCUCAAUCAAGGUGUUGUGGAAGAAUAACCAGAACCUCACAAGCACAAAAAAAGUUUCAUCCGCAAAGAAGACUGUUAGCACAUUAUCUGUUGCAGUUGUUUUUGGAAUUACCUGGAUUCUGGCAUAUCUGAUGUUAAUUAAUGAUGAUAGCAUCAGGAUUGUCUUCAGCUACAUAUUCUGCCUUUUCAACACUACCCAGGGGUUGCAAAUUUUUAUCCUGUACACUGUUAGAACAAAAAUCUUCCAGAGUGAAGCUUCCAAAGUGUUGACGUCAUUAUCGUCUGCCACGAGAAUGAAGUCAUUGCCUUCAAUGACCAGGCCAAGGCUGCGUAUAAAGAUGUAUAAUUUUCUCAGGUCGUUACCAACCGUACGUGAACACUUUAGGCUACUGGAACCUUCUGUAAGUACUGAGGAUGUCACACUCUCUGAAAGUGACCAAGCAAAGGAAAGCGCCUAGGCAGUGAAACUUACCUGUUGUGGUCUUUUUAAUCAAUUCGUUUGAAUUUUAUCUGUUUCUCUCCUUUAUUUCCCAGUCCUCCCAGAAAAUCUUCCACAGUAUAUUUUGCUCAGGAUUAAGAAUUCGAUAAAACCUGUUGUUUGUUAUUAUUAGGGAUAAUGGACUUGGUAGUUUUUGUAUUUUUCAAUAGAAUCGCACUUGAAUGAGGUGAAGAAUUUCGCACAGCAUUCAAGAUUACCAUUGUUUCUUAUAUCAUUAAAUCUUUGUGACAUGCUUUAACAAAAAUGUAGACCUUAUUAGAGAUUCUUUUACAAGUUACUAUAAAGGAAAUGAAGAGAAAAAUUUACCUUGCAGAACAAAAUGACUCCUGGUGAACAGUGUGUGGGGAUUUGCUUGCAUGUAUUAAACUUUUGACCUUUCAAUAUUU